GAAGCUCAAAACAAUGUCAGAGCGCCUGCGACUUGCAUUGUGCAUGUGAUUUCAUAUAUCAAAAGAAUUGAGAUUUGCUUCCAUUCCCUGCAGCUGCUGAGCUCCCAUCAGCCAUGGGAGGGUACACAGGCCAGAGCGAGCUGUCUGUCUCCCAGGGUGUCCGGAUGAUGUUCUAUGUCUUACAUCCAAAUGAAACCUCCUUUAAAACUAUAGAGGAAGUGCCAGAUUACGUGGAUAAGGCGACUGUUUAUUUUAUCGUUAUGCUGGUGCUGGAGAUGAUAACAAGCUGGGCUUGGAAGGGUCGACCACUCCGAAUUAAUGAUGGACUGACGUCCCUUUCGGCAGGAGUUAUGUCUCGUCUGCCAGAAAACCUAAAACAUAUCACUGGUUUAUUCACAGACAUGAUAUAUGUGUCAGGACUUGAACCCAGGGACUCCUGUGUCCCAGGCUGCAGCUCUUCCACCUGAGCUAUUCAGACAGCGCCUGUGCUGAACUGAAGCCUAAUUCCCUGUGCCUCUAGUUUCGGUUCCCGCAUCCCUGGUUUGCUCCACCCUGUUCCCCGAUUGAACAUCCUAUUUAGACCCAGCCUUGCACUUCCUGCCUUGCGAGAUUAUUGUGCUCUCAGCCAGUAAUCAAGCUAGUCUCUCCUGCUAAUACUGACGCUCCAUCUGGUGCCUCGACCACUGGCUUCCUCCUGACUACGAUAUCAGCCUUGCAAUUACCCCAAGUACUUGCAAUAAAAUACUCCGAACCAGACCGUUACAGAAUAAUCCCGCCCCCCAAAAAUGGAGUCUGUUGUGACCACCUUGAGGCAACAAGUGGCUGAGCUUCAAGAAUUUGGUGCUACUUACCAAGAAAAAUGUUCUAAGUUACAAACCCUUGUGCUGGAUCAACAACAAGAAAUAAUUGAACUGAUCAAUGUCGCAUAUAUUUCCAAAUGCAACCUGCUCCUUUUACUAGUGAUAGGAAAAAAGUGCUAUUUGUCAUAAAUCUUCUGACAGAUGAAGCUCUUGCAUGGGCCUCCCCUUAUGUGGAAAAGAACUGUGACCUCCUCAAUGAUUUAGAUAACUUUAUCACUGCUAUGGAUCAAGUUUUUGAUGACUCUAAUUGUUUUGCCACAGCUGAGACCAAAUUGCAUAAUCUUCGACAAGGACGUCACUCAGUUGUUGAAUACACAGCGGAAUUUCGUCGUUGGGUAGCUGACACCACAUGGAAUCUAGCAGCCCAAAGGAGUCAAUUUCGACAAGGGUUAUAAGAACCAGUGAAGGAUGAGCUUGCCAGAGUUAGGCUCCUGAUAAUUUGGAGGAUUUUAUACAACUGUGCAUCCAAAUUGAUUAGAGACUUACUGAAUGUAAAAAAGAGAGACUGUGGAUAUUUUGAAACAAACCUACCUACUCCUUAACCCCUUAAGGACAUAGGACGUACCGGUACGCCCUAUUUCCCGAGUCCUUAAGGACCAAGGACGUACCGGUACGUCCUAACUUUAAAAUCGGCA